AUGGCGGGGCAUUGUGGGGCGCGCGCCAUGGCGGCGGCGCCGCGGCCGCGGGCGGCGGGCAGCGCUCGCUGGGCUUGCGGCGCUCGCUGGGCUUGCAGCGCUGCCCCGCGGCGCCCCUGGAAGCUUUUCGGGGCCAUGUGCCUGUUGAGGCUUCCCCGAAUCACGCAGCCUCUGGAAAAGGAGGAGGAAGAAGUGGCGGCGCUCAUGGAGCAGAUAGAGCUGGAGAAGAGCCUGUAUUCAGAUCAUGAAAUGCGUAAGCUGGAGGAGGAGGAGCAGCUCAAGAGGAAGAUGGAAAGCUCGUAUGAUGAGGAUGAGGCUCGUGGCAAGACGGUCAUCAUGGCUCAAGACCUGGAGGAGAAGUGGGAGCAGAAGUUUCUGCAGUUCAAAGCUGCCCCGCGGAUAACAGAUGCUGACAAACGCAACGAUCGAACGUCGUUGAACAGGAAGCUGGACAGCAACCUGAUGCUUCUGGUGAAACAGAAAAUUGGUAACCAGGAGCUGUGGCUCCUGCCUCAAGUGGAGUGGCAGCCUGGAGAGACGCUGCGGAGCACGGCUGAGCGAGCCAUGGCUACGUUUUUGGGAGAUCAGAUUCAAGCCAAAGUCCUGGGGAAUGCACCGUAUGGGAUUUACAAGUAUAAAUUCCCCAGGGCCAUCAGAACUGAGAAUAACGUGGGAGCCAAAGUCUUCUUCUACAAAGCCUUCCUCCAAAGCAGCGAUUUGUCCCAGGCAAAGCCGAAGGCAGAUUACCUGUGGGUCACAAAGAAGGAGCUGGGAGAUUACCUGAAGUCGGAAUAUCUGAAAAAAGUCAAUAGAUUCCUCCUGGACUUGUGAGCAAUGGCCUGUGCUCCAGCAGAUGGGGAAGGUGUGGGAUGUGGCUCCAGGGAGGAGCACGGCUGCUGCUUUGCAUGGUCUGGGUGUAUGAGAUGUUCACUUGGGCUCUGGAGGAUAAUUUGCCUUAUUUCCCAGUUCUCUUCACUGGCCCUGUACUGAAUAAAUAUUAAAAUCUAUACUUGGAA